AUGCAACAGAUGAUAGAGUAUAGGCUAGCAGAGAAAGGCGAUGUGACUCUGGACCCUCAGACAGCUCAUCUCAAUCUGGUGCUCUCAGAGAAUCUCAAGAGUCUUAGUGUCAAAUCCAAGCAGGUUGGGGUCUUCCUUGACGACGAAACUGGAAAAGUCUCCUUUUAUAACAUGACUAUCUACUCUCAUAUUUACAUGUUUGAUGUCAUCUUUGAUGAGCCACUCUGUCCCCUCUUCUAUCCAGGCAUAUGCGUAUCGCAGCUGGACUCUUAG